CCAUCUUCUGGGAAGAGCCUUACGAUACAUUCACCGUCAUUUUACGACAGAUCGGGGUUGCUUUGUGGCUGUCAGCUUUCCCCGUGGUCUGAGUUGGAAGCUGUAGUACCCGCGGUGGCAUCUUUUACGGCGACGCAGAAAUGAAGCAGAAGCGGAAAGGAGAUCUCAGCCCUGCUGAGCUGAUGAUGCUGACUAUAGGAGAUGUUAUUAAACAACUGAUAGAAGCCCACGAACAGGGGAAAGACAUCGAUCUAAAUAAGGUGAAAACCAGAACAGCUGCCAAAUAUGGCCUUUCCGCACAGCCCCGCCUGGUGGAUAUCAUUGCUGCCGUCCCUCCUCAGUAUCGCAAGGUCUUGGUUCCCAAGUUAAAGGCAAAACCCAUCAGAACUGCCAGUGGGAUUGCUGUUGUAGCUGUGAUGUGCAAACCCCACAGAUGUCCACACAUCAGUUUUACCGGAAAUAUAUGUGUAUACUGCCCUGGUGGGCCUGACUCAGACUUUGAGUAUUCAACGCAGUCUUAUACUGGAUAUGAGCCAACCUCCAUGCGAGCUAUCCGUGCCAGAUACGACCCUUAUCUACAGACAAGACACCGAAUAGAACAGUUAAAACAACUUGGUCACAGUGUGGAUAAAGUGGAGUUUAUUGUGAUGGGUGGAACGUUUAUGGCCCUUCCAGAAGAAUACAGAGAUUAUUUUAUUCGAAAUUUACAUGAUGCCUUAUCUGGACAUACUUCCAACAAUAUUUACGAGGCAGUCAAGUAUUCUGAGAGAAGCCUCACAAAGUGUAUCGGAAUUACUAUUGAGACCAGACCAGAUUAUUGCAUGAAGCGGCAUUUAAGUGACAUGUUGACCUAUGGCUGUACAAGGCUGGAGAUUGGGGUGCAGAGUGUCUACGAAGAUGUAGCCAGAGACACUAACAGGGGCCACACUGUGAAGGCGGUUUGUGAGUCAUUUCACCUGGCCAAAGAUUCCGGUUUCAAAGUUGUGGCUCAUAUGAUGCCUGACCUGCCAAAUGUGGGACUCGAAAGAGACAUUGAACAGUUCAUAGAGUUUUUUGAGAACCCUGCUUUUCGUCCUGAUGGUCUGAAACUCUACCCUACUCUGGUCAUUCGUGGAACUGGGCUUUAUGAGCUUUGGAAAUCAGGAAGAUAUAAGAGUUAUUCUCCUAGUGACCUGAUUGAGUUGGUGGCUCGGAUUCUAGCCCUUGUGCCUCCGUGGACUCGAGUAUACCGGGUGCAAAGAGAUAUUCCAAUGCCCUUAGUCAGCUCAGGAGUAGAACAUGGGAAUCUGAGAGAGCUGGCUCUAGCAAGAAUGAAAGACCUUGGGAUACAGUGUCGAGAUGUAAGAACCAGAGAGGUUGGAAUCCAAGAAAUUCAUCACAAAGUGCGGCCAUACCAGGUUGAACUGGUAAGGCGAGAUUACGUUGCAAAUGGUGGCUGGGAAACGUUCUUGUCAUAUGAAGACCCGGAUCAAGACAUUCUGAUCGGCCUCCUGCGAUUACGAAAGUGUUCGGAGGAAACCUUCCGUUUCGAACUGGGCGGAGGGGUCUCCAUAGUCCGAGAGCUGCAUGUGUACGGAACCGUGGUCCCUGUGAGCAGUCGGGAUCCUACUAAAUUUCAGCAUCAGGGAUUUGGCAUGCUGCUGAUGGAGGAGGCAGAAAGAAUAGCCAGAGACGAACACGGAUCUGGGAAAAUAGCUGUUAUAUCAGGGGUCGGCACCAGGAAUUAUUAUAGGAAGAUUGGCUACAGGUUGCAGGGCCCGUACAUGGUGAAGAUGCUGAGAUAGUGGCCACACCAGGCCACGUUUAUGCAGCGUCCUCCCGGGCAGAAGAUGGGGGGUCGGGACUCCUUGAGUGCUCAGCGGAGACUGAGCAGCGCAAAUGGACGGCACUGUCCCCCGGCAAGGGGCCUUCACCCUCAUCCUUCCGCUGUAGAAACUGGAAACUGCUUUCAGGGCUGGGGCUGGACAUCUGCUGACCAGGCCCCUGAGCUGCCCUCUCCUGUGUGUCCCCAAAAUAGUCACUUCUGUUUUUGAGGCCUAAAUCAUUUAUCUAGUUUCUAAAUUCUGCAUGAGGCCCGCAGGUGACCCAUUUUGACUCAGACACAGUGACGAAAGAAAACUAAUCAGCUUGUCUGGACACCAUAACUCAUGAAAUAAAACUAUGGUUGUCAUUUGAGGAGCAAACUUAGGAGUAGGUUAUGUAUGUACUCUAGGGACAAAAAGUCAGAUUGGAGCAUAUGAGAAUUGUCACACUCUGAUCUCUGGCCUUUAACGACAUACGCAUUGGCACACAAGAAAAUGAGCUUUUGUUUUGGUGGAAAUCCUGUUACAGUGCUGAUGUGUUGAAAUAACAGUGUGACGGGGAGGAGGAAUUUCGGUGGUGGCUGUGUGUACAGGCCUGACGACACCCGGCUACCAGCCUUUCCCGGCCGGGAGUCUGCCGUGCAAGACGCGCAAGAGGUUGUAUUGCUCAUUUCUUAUCGUCUGUGUUUCCCACACUCGGCAACUGCGGAGCAGCGCGGGCAGCCGCAGCGCGGAGCCCAGGAGGCGCUGGCUUUUCUGUUCACUCCUGGGCAGGUACCGUCUGACGCAUGUGGCCCCCAGUCAAGAUUCGCUUCUGCAAAAGCCAUUCCCUGCAUUUUAAUUCUUUAGUGUGGGUUUUGGUUUGUAUUAAAUGGAGAAAAGUAAGAGUUCAAGUUGUAUGUGAAAGCAAAGAAGUGGCAAAUGGGAUUGGCUUCUUCGAAGGCUCAUCUGGUAGAUGUGCCUCUUUGGAACUUCCAGGUGAUCUACUUGGGUGACUUGGCGCGGAGAGGAUCACCUCCCAGAUGAAAGGCAAGGUUUAACCUCGGGCCCCUUGGCCCCUGUGGCAUUUUGUAAAGAGUGUUUAAUGGAAUUGAUUCCUCUAAAAGGAUCUGAAAAUAAAAAGUCUUUAACAUA